UUUGACACAGAAGCCGGUACCAAACGGGCUUCCAAAUUGAUUGGGUUCCCGACCUCUUGGGAAGGUUCAGUGGUGAUUCAUUAGUCAUGCCUCUGGCUCAUGCCACAUGCAUGGAAAAUACGUUCCAUUCGUAUUUGACAAAUGACAGACAACAAGCAAAUUCAAGUCUUCGACUCUGAGCUCUGGUAAGUCUUUCUUGAACUUGAAGCAAGGGGUACGUGUAGUGUAACGGGAGGUAGUCUUCCUAUUGAGAGAGUCAUUGUAGGAAGGCCUAGGUCAAAGUUUUACUUUAUAUAUAAACCACCCAUCUACAAGCCUGGAUGAUCAUCCCAAGUCCCAACCCCAACAGAGGGAAGCUCUAAACUCUAAGUCCCACCCAACGACAUGGCAAAGAGCUGCAGCACUUCGCCCACUUCAACAAAUCUUGUGUUGCUUAUUUUGGUUGCAGCUCUAUGGCCCCUCAGCACCACUACUGAAGCCUUGAAACCCAGGAUCACAAACAUUCAAUUCUACAUGCACGACAUCGUUGGAGGCCCCAACCCAACUGCCGUUCAGGUGGCCGGCCGGCUAUCCAAUAUCACGAGCUCUGACCCAAUUGCAUCCUCGUUUGGGUCAAUUUUCGUGAUGGACAAUCCACUCACAGCCACACCCGAUAUAAAUUCAACCCUCAUGGGGCGUGCUCAGGGGCUCUAUGCCAUGUCUUCGCAACAGAACGAGUUCAGCCUUCUGAUGACUCUCACCUAUGCAUUUGUCAGCGGACCAUACAAUGGUAGUUCCUUCAGCGUGGUGGGUCGGAACCCGGUCAUGAAUGAAGUAAGAGAGAUGCCAAUCGUCGGAGGCACAGGAAUUUUUCGGCUUGCACGCGGGUAUUGCUUGGCAAAGACGCACUCAAUGGCGGGAUUUGAUGCAGUAAUCGGAUAUAAUGCGACCCUGAUACAUUAAUUAAUGGAGCUCCUAUGUUUGUAUCUACAUGAUUAGCAUUCACAACUUCACAUCUUGGGAAGAACAAGGUCUGGUUUAUCGGUCUUUACGUUGUUUGUAGAUUGAUCAAAAGCUUGAAAUGUUCAGUCUGUCUAGCAAAACAAGUAUUUCCAUCCAACAAUAGUUUGUUCUCUCCAUAUUUUAUCAAACGUUUUAUCUUGGUGUUAAGGAAA